AUGAUUCGCGGUGAUAUUAACAAUAAUUUUGUAACAAGAAUUCUCGAGCGUACAAAUGUUUGGCUUCUUAACUGGCUUAUCAAACCAAAUCAUAAAGAUAACUUGACUCUAUGGAUCCAACUUAUACAGAAAAUAAAAGAGAAUUUGACAAAUCCUGAAGAACGAGAAAAUGUAAUGUUGCCCGUUGAUGGUGAGAACAGAAAUUUACUUGAAGAAAUACCAACUGACAAUGAAUCAAAUAUGACAUCAAUGGCAAAAUUAGAACUAUUCAACAAAUUAUUGGAAAGACCACCAGUGAAAGUACUAAUGGAUUCAUUAAGAAACUAUAUAUUUAAUUGUAACAACUUAAAAUGUAUUUUGAAGACAAUACUGACCAUAUGGAAUAAGACAGAUCUUCCUGACGUAGUAGAAUAUGUUAAAAUACAAAUGGCUACUUUGCCAUUAAUCGAAUGCAGUUCAAGAUUAAAAUAUUUACUCGAAGCGUCAAACUUGCCAAAUGUAGAAGAUACUCUUCAGAUUUUGGAUGAAUAUUUAUCCUACACACGAACCAAGCCAUUAUUCUAUCGUCUUCUUUUACAUCCAGGUAUAACAGAGAAAGAAAUUGAACAAUUCAUGGAACCUAUUUGUAACUUAGCCAUUCAGGUGCCCAAAAUUGAAUUAGUAGUGUUUUUUGAUGAAGUAAAUACUUCUUCAUGUUUGGGAUUAGUUAAAGAAAUGUUUAUUGACAAGACAUUGCAUUGUGUCAAUUUACCAGAAAAUAUCUUUUUUACAGCUGCCAUAAAUCCACCAAGCGAUCCAUCAAAGGAGGCUAAAUCUACUGAUAAUGAAUUUUAUCGUGUUGACUAUAUGGUUCAUAAAUUGCCACAAUCAUUACAGAAUUUAGUAGUGCCAUAUGGUGUCUUAGAAUCAUCAAUAAUGAGGGAUUAUAUUCAGCAAAAAAUUGCUCAGUUUGAAAUAUCAAUAGAGAAAGAUGAACAAGUAAUAUCAUUAACAAAGGCUGAACAAAAAAUAUUGACAAAAGCCAUACUUGACGCACAAGAAUUCUGUGAAACCAAGCUGGCUCCCAACACAGUGUCACAACGCGAGAUUCAACGAUGUUUUAAUUUUAUUGAAUAUUUCUGGUCAUCAGAUUGGGACAAUACUAAGAAUAUUGAUCGGACAGUGUAUGCAUUGAGAUGUAUUGCCUUAUCCAUUGCAUUAAUCUAUUAUUUUCGUUUACCAAAACGAAAUGACAAUAAAGAAUCAAAAGUCAAAAAUAGACCUUCACGUGAAGACCUGGCUAAGAAGCUUCAUGAAGGGACUAUACCAAACUUUCCCAAUAUCAUUGAGACUGAAUUACAAAAGUUUGUCAACGAUAAAAAUUUUGUGAUACCAAAAGGUGUGGCCAUUAAUCAAGCAAUUCGUGAACAUGUUUUUGCAAUUGCUGUUAGUAUUGCUACACGAACACCAGUCUGCAUAAUUGGUGCACCUGGUCAAUCGAAAACCUUAUCAUUUCAAAUUGUCCUUCAAAACCUUCAAGGUCCACAAUUAUCAAAAAGCGAUUUUUGUAAAAGUUUACCAGCAAUAGAUCCAUUUUUUUGUCUCGGAUCCAAGCACACAACUUCAACAGAUAUAUCCUAUGCAUUCGAGAGAGCGAUAAAACGUGAACAAUACUACCAGGAGAGUCGAACGGCAACACGAUGUGUUGUAUUUUUGGAUGAGGCAUCAUUGCCAAGUGAAAAGAGAAUGGUAUUAAAAGUAUUACAUCAAUAUUUAGAUGAAUGUAAAGUUGCCUUCGUAGCCAUUGCCAACAGUCCAUUUGAUGCUGCAAAUGCAAAUCGAAUGACAUGCAUUUAUCGUUCAUUACCAUCAAAAGAGGAUCAGGAAAUUUUAGCUUAUGGUUGUCUUGGUCUUAGAAAAGAUCAAACGCCUGAUGAUCUUAAAAACAUAAUAGCCGGCCUUUGUGACGGUUACCGAGAUUUGCUCAAUUAUAAUGAUUUUCAACAAAUAUUUCAUGAUCGAGACUUUAUCUAUAUGCUGCGAGAACUAGCUUUUAAACCCUCAUUUACUUCAACAGAUUCCGAUUUAAAUAAAAUUUAUAUUACGCCGAUGAAUCUAGUAACCGCUCUUGAAGAUAACUUUAAUGGAAUAACGUCCGAUGAGUUUAAAAAACUGACUAAGAUUUUCUUUCAUGCAAUAGAAAAUAAAGGUCCUAUAUUUGAACAACCGACUGACAAUCGAGGAUCAAAUUUAUAUCGUGACGUAACAACAAUUAUGAGCGAUUCAAUGCAGCUGACUUCAGUAGGUCGUCGUUCUUACGGUCGCUAUAAGUUAGUUAUUGAUGAAUCCGAUGCCGAAAGUGUUGUUCGCUUUUUAUUUCAAACAAAAGUUCUUGAUCCAAAUCGAACAACAGUUUUUCGUCUGUCGGAUUUUCCUAAUGAUGUUAAUAAUGAAUUGAAAAAUGUUGAAAUUCUAUCAACCAUAAAAUUAUGUAUGGAGACUGGUAGGACAAUUUUAAUGAUUAACACUAGACGCAUACAUGGGGCACUUUACGAUGUAUUCAAUCAAAAUUUCUCAAUCAUGGCAACGGGAGAUACUAGAAAAAUUUUUUCAAAAGUAGCCAUCGGUCCUAAAACGCUUGAUGUUGUUGUUCAUGAAGAUUUUCAAUGUGUCGUACAUAUUAAUCGAAAUGAAAUGAAAGAAGUACCUGCGCCAUUUUUAAGUCGUUUUCAAAACAUUGAAAAUGCCGCUGAAUUAGAAGAAAAACUUCUUGCCUAUAAAGAAGAUCAACAUAAAUGUGUUCUCAUUAUUAUAAUAAAUGUUCGAUUUAAACAACAACGUCAAAACAUUCCGUUUGUACGACAACUUGUUGAUAAAAUAGACAGUGAUUACAACGUAACCGAUGUAACGGCGAAGUCGACCUCGAAGAAAAAUGUUGAUGAAGCUUCAGAAUAUACGCAAAAAGAAUUUCAUAAUCAACUAACCAAACAAAUAAUGGGUGAUAGUGUAUUGGUUACUAUCAUCUCUGAAUACAUUACUCAAAAUGGCAAUGUUGAAGAAGAGAAUAAUAAUGAAAUAAAUUUGGAUGAAUCUGUUAUUUAUCGAUACGUAAAUGAUUCAGUACAGCGAUUCUGUAUAAGUAUGGAGAAUAAUUUCAGCGAUAAUAUGAUUCAAUCUCAAAAAGCGGUCGAAUUUAUUUCGACUUUACUAAUGCAUAAAGACAACGAUGAUCUACCAUCAUUUGAGGACUGUGAAAAUAAAUAUGCAUGGCUUCUUGCUUAUGCAUAUACGUCACUUGAGUACAGUCGGCGUGAUUUACUAUCACUUUACUCAGCUUGUCGAAUUCUCGAUAGCAUUAAUCAGAGUGAAACACCGUAUUGGAAUUUACUUAGCAGAAAUGAAUUAUCUCCGUCAAAAGUACGUGGAGAAUUAUGUAAAUUAAUGUUUGGCCAAUUAUGGGAACAUCUUUGUAAACUAUCUUCUAGCAAUGAUGAAAGUUUAACCAAACAGUGGGUCUACCAUUAUACUUUCGUGUCUAAAUAUUGUCCGUCGGAUGAACUUUUAAAUUCAACAAAUAUUCGAAACAAAAUCGAUUUCAUGAAUUUCGCUGCACUUCGUUGGCGUGUUUUUAUGUUCGGAUAUCAAUGA